UUUGACGUCAUCUUUUUCUCCCCUGUUUUUUCAUUCGUACUUCUUCCGUAAGACACCGCAGCCAUCACCCAGUGUUGGCGAAAUGGGUACAUAGGGUCGCCGGGCAUAGAAAGGAGAUGGCUGGAGAGACCCUGGCGCCCGGUAACCGGCUCACCUCUCCCUCUCAGAUGCACCCGGUCUGUAAGGCUUUUGUUUGCGGCUCGCUGAGCGGCACUUGUUCCACACUCCUCUUCCAGCCUCUUGACCUGGUGAAGACUCGGCUACAGACACAGCAGCUCUCAGCCCCAGGGAGAAAUGUUGGAAUGGUACAUAUUUUCCUCAAAGUAAUUCGUAAUGAGAACUUUCUGGGACUAUGGAAAGGCGUCUCUGCGUCCUUUCUACGCUGUAUUCCUGGUGUUGGUCUGUACUUCAGCACCCUUUAUUCAUUGAAGGAACAUAUUUUCUUAGGAAAAGAUCUCGCGCCUCUGCAGUCUGUUCUUUUGGGAGCAGGAUCCAGGACAGUAGCAGGAGUUUGCAUGCUACCCUUCACAGUAGUAAAGACUCGAUAUGAGAGUGGGAACUAUGGCUAUAAAAGUGUAUUUGGUGCACUGGGGAAUAUUUACAGAAUUGAGGGUCCUCGUGGUCUCUUCAGUGGUCUUACUGCUACCUUACUGCGUGAUGCUCCAUUUUCUGGCAUUUACUUAAUGUUUUACACUCAAACCAAAAUGUUUACCAUACAUAAUAAUAUUACUACAACAUUUACUCCCCUGACGAAUUUCAGUUGUGGCAUCAUAGCUGGUAUCCUUGCUUCUGUAUCUACUCAGCCUGCUGAUGUUAUAAAGACCCAUAUGCAGCUCUCGCGUGCAAAGUACUGCUGGACUGGUCAAGCUGCACUUUGCAUUUAUCAGAAUCAUGGUAUGAGUGGAUUUUUUCGUGGAGGCCUACCUCGAGCCUUACGCCGGACUCUUAUGGCAGCAAUGGCAUGGACCGUAUAUGAACAGAUGAUGGAUAAAAUGGGCCUGAAAUCUUGAGCAAGCUAUGUGAUCUAUAGUACUCGCUUCCUUUUAAGAUAGGACCAUUUGUGCAGUGGAUGCCAAAAUGUAGAGAACUGUUUACAACAAAAGAUUUUAAAUUAAUAAAAAUAUUUACAGCCCUAAAGAAAUGAAUACGUUGCUGAGAUAACAUGCAGAUUACUUCAUUGAUGUCUGCACAUAAGUAGAUAGUGAAUAAAAGUCAAUUUUAAAUGAUGUGCAAACAAUAUUUCGAGAUCUUCACGUUUGCACUAGUUGUGGGGGGAAAAAAUAUGAAAGAUGAGUAUCUACUUUAUCAUCUUCUGGGUCUUAGUAUUUUGGGAUAUUUCACUCUCUACUGUAACCAUAUAAAAGUAUGAGUCGUCACGCUAUUAAACAUGUCAUAGGUAAAA